AUGCCGUCCAUCGCAUUGUUCGGGUCGAGCCCGUUGGACUUCUCCCACUCGUCUGCCAUCCCCAUCCGCAUCCGUCGGCGCAUGGCCAUCGCCAAUGACGCCCGGGCCACCAACCUCGGCCUCGUUGACGAUGAGGCUUCCAUCGAGACCGUACGAGCGGACCUCGUUGACAAGAGUUGUGUCGAUCCCAUCUCGCACAAGAGAUGCACCAGCACAACAUGA